AUGUCGAGUCGCGCGCACGUCACGGGUGACGCGAAGGCGAAUGUGGGGACAGCUGGGAAGGGGAUGACGACGAACGACCGCGCCGCGCGGGAAAUCCUCCGGCGCAUGUUCUCCGUCGAGCAUAAGAUGGGGCUCCAAGCGUGGUGGAUGAAGAUUCUAUUGCUGCCCGACCAGAAUGCCCGGGUCACGCGGCUGGCGUACACGCUGGAGCUUUAUGCCGUGAUCUCGGGUCUCGUACUGUUCUUCGUGGCGGACUUCGUUGAUGUCGACGCCGACGGCGUUCUCGGGAAAAUAAGCACGAUCUUCGCCGUCUUCAGCGUCUUGAACUUGCUAAGCGUCAUCGCAUGUUGCCUUUCUCUGGGCUUCGGGGUAGUGACCACGACCGGUCCGGCCGAAGUUGUGCUCCUGUUACAACCGCUCGGGCUAGAAUUCAUACAGAUUGUGUUCGGGACCUUUUGCGGACUGAUCGCGUUUGCACUUAAGCUGGCGGACCAGACCGAUGGGAUAGUUCUGUAUGGCUCAAUGUCGAUGGCAGCGCUUUUCCUCCCAUACGUAUUUGGCCAGACUAGCUGGUACGUCAUCUCGCUCGAUCCCCUGGAGCAACGGCAUCAGUGGUUUUGGUUCAAAAGUGCGUUCGGACCCUUAUAUAUGCUCGCGCACGUCCGGUUCGGACCGAACAAGCCGCACGCGGAGGAGAUGCUGGAGCAGUACCUCGCGCAGAUGCCCGAGGACGUCAGGGCGCUCGCGCUGGGCGAAGAGGGAGCGGCGUGA